AUGUGGCGGCGGUCCCUUUGCGACUACACACGCCGCUUUAAAGCCAAAGUGAGGCUGAUUCUAGGCGAAGCUGCUUCCACCGAGUCGGUGGUUGUAUCACAAGCUUCACAUAUGCCGGGAUGGGAAAGCAGCGAUCCGAUGACAACAGGCGGCACAGUCUGGGAUUCGGCAUUGCUCCUGGCACGACACCUGGCUGACUCUCCGGAGUGGGCAGGUAGAUCCCCGGUGCUGGAGCUGGGUGCAGGAACUGGUUUGGCUGGAUUGGUGGCGCGCAAGCUAGGUGCACCGCGGCUGAUGCUCACUGACCUUCCAAGUCUGGUCCCACUCCUGCAAGCGAAUCUUGAGCUCAAUGGUGAGGUCGCGGCCUGCACGGCACAACCACUGCUUUGGCAGCAGGCAGAGACGAGCUGGCUUUCUCAGGGCCACGAUUUCAGCAGAGUGCUGAUGUCAGACGUCUUGUACCAUGAGCCGCAGUAUGAGCCGCUGCUCAAUGUCCUGCAGGUAGUGGCCCGCUUUUUCAGAGGAACGCCACCGUUGAAGGUGCUUUGGGCGCAGGAAGCACACCAGCCUGAACUGCUUGCUCGCAUGCAGCGGUCGCUAGAGGAGGAGGGCUGGGCCAUACAGCUCAUAACAAGUGUGGACGACGCUCUGGGUUCUGAGAUUUGCCUCUUUGAGCUCACCACUGCGCCCACUACAUCCGCGCCCGCCCGACAUGAGGGUGCUCCUUUGCCAUUUCUUGGGCAGACACCUGCGCAUCUCGACCCGAAGAAGAAUGUGGCUGAGGUUGCAUUUGCUCAGGAGGACGCUGCGCAAGAUCGUCCGACGAAAAUGGCUCCAGAUGUGGCCACAGCUCGGAUAUUGGAGCUGCUGAAGGGUGCAGGCCAGCUCAAAGUGAUUCAGUGUUGGAGUAUCGUGGGCAAUGGCAGCCAAAGCCGAACGGAGCGGAAACAGGAAUGGGCGAUAGAGGUCGCAUCGGAGAAUGACCGGUGCUUGGCCUCUUUCGGCUGGGCUGGUGGAGCGCAGCUGUGCCUGUCCAAUGCGUUUGCGCAAGCCGACGAGCUGGAGGCCAAAGCGCAGGACCUGAUUGAUAGCGGGGUUUACACCAAAGACGAUGCGGCCGUGCAAUGCAUCCGCACCAUCGCCAAGGCCACCGAAGAACGGGAAGCCUUGAUGCGAAGGCAGUGGUGUGACAUCGAUUUUCAACAGGGGGAAGAAGCCAACAAGGAGCUUGUGAAACACCUCGAGAGGGACUUUGCAACUCAACUUGCGAAGACGGCAGUGCGACAGGAGCAGGACGCCACCGACACUCCGUGGUACAACAUCAAGUUGUCCACGGGCGCGCUCCAGGGCAAGGUCUACCUUGGCGCAGAAGUGGGCGGGGACGGCGUCGAGCUCACGGGUCAUGACGACGAAUCCGGGCUGGCGUCCUGGUAG